CAGAACGCUCUGAACUGGGCUGAUUACUGUGUUAAGGUGUACCAUCAGGUAGCUGAUAAACCAUACAGGAGUCAAAUAGAGAAACACAUGGCUGCCAUGACCCUGCAUCUUCAUCCACCUUCCUGUCUACAGCUCUGUGUGGAAGAUCUAGGACAGGCCAGGCUAAUAAUGGAAAAGACCUUGUUGCAAAAUAAACAUCUACCAGAGAAGCUACUUACCAUGAUCCUAGAGCAACAGGAUAAGUCAAAUGCAGACAACUUGAUUCAACAGGGAAAUGGGGAAUUAACAAGGGAAGUGAAUACUGUGACUAAGCUUAUGCAGGCCUUACACACAAAUGGAGAAUCAGUAGGACAAAUAAAGUUAACAUCUGAAGCUACAGCACUGCUCUCAACACUGAUAAGUCUUAUAAAAUGUUCAUCUAAACAACAAAGAUUUGAAACUUAUGUAUGUAACUUGAUGACAAGAAUAGCAAAGAAAACAGGCGAUUUUGAUUUAAUUUUGAAGAUGUUAACCGUAUCACCAUGUGACACAGCCUAUACAGACAGUCAACUUCAGUUCCUUCACAGUAUUAUCAUCAGAUGGCUCUCACAACCAAGCAAUGACACAUGUCUAGAUUCUUGUAAAGAAGUCAUCCAAGAGGCAUGCAAGUACCACACAGACUUCUGCCAUACCUAUCUGAAGCACAUUCUACAGUGGGCCAAAAACAUGGAACCAAGUUAUGAUGAGGGAGAUUCUAAUCCUUAUUCAUGGAGAUUCAGAGGCAAUGAUCCCCAUAGGAGAGAUGGUGACAGGAGUAGAGCACUGGACAGUCUUUGUGAACACAUAGAUAACUUGAUUCAUGUUAACAAACAGUGUCAGCUACUGGUGAAGAAAACACUACAGACUCAGAAAGAAUCCUCCCAUUUCAAUGUGUAUAGAGACAUUCUUAAGAAAAUAGGUCACAUGAUAUCCUCUGCACGUGUCUUUGGGUGGAUAGGAAAAACAAAUUUUGUUUUUCAUUUCACAGUGUUUCACACAGAUAAUCUUUUUAAGGACUGUCUUAACAAGAACUGGUGCUUUCUUUGUGAAUCUUGUAUAUUUGGUAAUUUGCUUCGUUUUCUUGUGAUACCUGGAAUGGUUUUAAGUCGGGUGAAGAGAGAACUUCGUGGGUUGAUUUACCACAUCUUCACAGUCGCUCUGCUUGUUUUACUUGUUCUGAUUUUUAGUGAAGCAGCAGGCGCUUUUAGAGAUAACAGUUCUAUUACUGAUGAUCCUUUUACCAAAUAUGGAAAAUGGGUGACUAUCAUCUUGUAUUUUAUUCGACUUCUGACUUUCUUAAGUCUGCCGUUAUCAGUGUUCAAUUUUCUUGGAUUUGUUUUGUACAACACAUACCCGAAGCCCCCAGAAAUGACUGGCACACUUCUACAUGGCCCAUUGGUCUGCUUCAGGGUUGUCACAAAGGGAACGUGUCCAAACCUGGUAAAGAAUAACGUGGAGAGAAACAUUAACACAUGCAGUGGUCUCGGCUUGAGCAACUUCAUUUUUGAAGUCGUGACGGAUAAUGCAAUUAAUAUUCCAAAGCAUCUGUAUGUAAGAGAAAUCGUGGUUCCAUUCAAUUAUCGAACAUCCAAAAGGACCCUUUACAAAGCACGAGCACUUCAGUAUUGCUUGGAGGAUUGUGUAAAUGUGCUAAAAGAUGAGGAUUGGAUCGUUCACCUUGACGAGGAAACUGUUUUGACCAGGGCGUCAGUGAUUGGAAUUCUUAACUUUAUAGCAAAAGGUACAGCCAGUUUUGGGCAGGGUAUCAUAUCGUAUGCUAACGAGAAGAUAUUUUGUUGGAUCACCACAAUCUUCGAUCUCGCUAGAGUCGGGACUGACUAUGGUAUUCUGCGAUUUUGUCUGAAGUACUUAAAAAAACCCGUCUUCAGCUGGAAAGGGAGCUACGUUGUUUCCAGUGCUGGAGCAGAGAGAAAGGUUUCUUAUGACUUCGGUAUAGAAGGAAGUAUUGCGGAAGAUUGUUUCUUUGGAUUGACAGCUUGGAAACUGGGCUAUUCAUUUGACUUUAUCGAAGGUGAAAUGUGGGAGAAAAGUCCCUUUUCUCUGACAGAUUACAUAAAGCAAAGAAAACGAUGGAUACAAGGCAUAACAAUGACCUUUAUAAGUAAGAAUAUCCCGCUAAGACAGAAGGGUGGAAUUCUCUUUAUAAUACUCGGAUGGAUAACGAUGCCCUUGACCGUCCCAAACACCGUGCUGGUGCCUCUGUACCCCCUCCCAAUGCCGCGAGUGAUUAGCUUUCUGUUUGGGUUUAUGGGGGGAGUGAUGAUGUUUCUGUUUAUCAUUGGUGCCCUGAAAUCAUUCAACUAUCAGAGAAUUGGUCUUAUAAAGUUCAUGGCUGUAUGCCUCUCACCCGUUCUUCUCCUACCUUUCUUUGUACUAACGGAAACGUGCGCAGUUGUUUACGCAUUUCUUACAUUUAAAACAAUUGAAUUCCAAACAGUGAAGAAAGAGGACAGAAUAAGCGAUAAAGAUAGCUGGUUAGGCAAAAGAAACUCUGUUUUUGAUGCUUAAAUUUUAUAGGAACAUUAUACAUGUAACUCUAAGGCAAAACUUAAAGGUGUUAAAAUGCUGCAAUGGGUGCGUGAUUGCAUGAAAGAAGUAUUCGAAAAGAAAGAAAAGCACACGCCUUUCUACGCAAAAGUCUUUUGUGAUUUGAGAGACACUAUUGAUUCUAAUGCUUGCAUUCAAACUCAUCCGAAUCAAAUAUCGAAAAUAAAAUUACAGAAGAAGUUC